UUCAUGUUUUAAAAGCAAAUUUGCUACAGUUUUAACAGAGAAAUGUUUUAUUCAACAAACAAAUACGGAUUUUAUGAAACAUUGUAAUGCACAUCAAUGAAGGCAAAAUCGGGAGGAAAAUAAACUCCGCGUGGGGAAAAUCCAGCCCCUUAUCAUGUUCCCAUAAUCAGCAAAAGAAUUCGGAUUUCUCUUCAGGAGUGUGGUAUCUGCAUCAUGCAUAGAAAUUUAGUCUGUUCAUUUGAAAGAAUCGCAGAGGGCUCAAAAAUAAUGGCGGCGGAAAAGGCAAAGAAAUUCCAGCAGGAGGGCAACCAGAGGGAAGUAGGUGCGUUCGCCAAGAAUUAUGGGGCUCACAGAGAGGGAAUCACGAUGAAAGAAGUGGCCAAUUACUACACAGAGUGGGCGAAUUCUAAUAAAUAUGACGUGGACCUGGGACCAGACCGAUAUCGUGGACCAAAGCUUGCUGCUGAGACUCUUUGUGACCUGAUUUCGGAACAUCGUGAAAGUGUUCGAAUUUUAGACAUUGCUUCUGGAACUGGAUUUCUUGGACAAGAGCUCUGGGACAGGGGGUUUCGCUCAAUCGACGGCUUAGACCCUUCAGAGGGAAUGAUUGAGGCGUCCAGGAAAAGAAAUGUAUAUUCCAAUCUCAUCUGUGAUUUCAUGACUGAGAAAAUGCUGAAUAUUCAAACAGAUACUUAUGAUGCCGCUGCGAUUGCUGGUGGUAUGGGAGAGGGUCACAUUCCAUGCAAUGCUCUGUAUGAGAUGAUUCGUAUAGUAAAACCUGGCGGUUACAUUGUCAUUGUAAUGAGAGAAGAAUAUCUAGAACAUGUCCAGGAUUAUAAAGACAGACUAGAACCAUUAAUGAAAGAAUUGGAGACUUCAGGCAAAUGGAGGAAACUAGCGAGAAAAGUUGUAUCAAAUUACUUUCUCCAAAAUAAUGGUGUCAUCUUUAUAUUUCAAAAUUGCUAAACCUUAUAGACUGUAAAUUUCUUAAGUAUGGAGGUAUAUUACUUGGUCCCGUUUUACAUAAGAAUUUAUGACUAAAAUCAAACUGUUAUUUUUGGAUAUUACUUUCUUUUAUUCGUGAAUUUAAAAAGAAUGAAGAACGAUAUAUGUAUGCAUAUAAUUUUUAAUAAAAUCAUUUAUUUUAUAGGAUUUUACUAUCAGGUAAAUUUGUUGGUCUUAUAGUCACAAGUUCUUUUGUAAAAUGUACUACUUAUUUUUCGUUUGAGUUUAAAAAAAACUGAGUUAACAGUAACAAUAUAUUUGUUAUUGUAUAAAAUGUAUCUGGGGUAUAUAUUUUACAGGUUUAUAUCAAUAAAAAUAUGGUUGAAUACGAGUAUUUGUCAUAUCCACAUUAUGUUGUGCUGUAAUGUAAUAAACUGAUCUCGAUUUCAGUUGCCAUGACAACAAUAGCAUAUUUUCUUUGUACCUUAUAAACCGCAGAAGUAGUCUUUGAGUAUUUAAUUGACACAUCUCCAUACCAACAAUAAAGUACAGCGAUACUUGUAAUAAGCAUGUACGUAUGAUCUGUUUGGGGGUUAUUAUAUUUUCAGUAUAUUGAUAACAAUACCCGGCGAUAUUGAGA